AUGUUUUGCUCUCAUAUUCCCCAUCAUUUGAACCUUGCACCCAUGAUGAUUAUGAAGCGCUUCUCUGCUCCCAUUUCAUCAUAUGUUUCGCCACGAGCUGAAGCUAUAACCGAGCCACCCGCACGGGUUGGCUUUUUGGGCAUCGGAAUCAUGGGCUCCCCAAUGGCCAAUAAUCUCCUUAAAGCUGGAGUUGAUCUCACUGUUUGGAAUAGGACCAAGAGCAAGUGUGACCCUUUAAUCAACCUUGGAGCAAAAUAUAAACCCUCUCCUGAGGAAGUAACAGCAUCUUGCGAUGUCACCUUUGCCAUGCUUGCUGAUCCUCAAAGUGCAUUGGAUGUUGCUUGUGGGAAGCAUGGAGCUGUGAACGGGAUGGGUCCAGGGAAAGGCUACGUGGAUGUUUCAACUGUUGAUGGGGACACUUCUAAAUUGAUUAGUGGGCACAUAAAAUCCACUGGAGCAUUAUUUCUAGAGGCUCCAGUUUCAGGUUCAAAAAAGCCAGCAGAAGAUGGGCAAUUGAUAUUUCUUACAGCAGGGGACAAAAAUCUUUAUGAAACAGUUGCUUCUCUCUUGGACGUCAUGGGGAAAUCUAAAUUUUAUCUUGGUGAUGUUGGAAAUGGAGCUGCAAUGAAACUCGUUGUCAAUAUGAUCAUGGGCAGUAUGAUGGCAUCCUUUUCUGAAGGCUUACUUCUCAGCGAGAAAGUUGGGCUUGAUCCAGAUGUACUAGUGCAGGUAGUUUCACAGGGUGCCAUUAGUGCUCCAAUGUACUCAACCAAAGGUCCAUCCAUGAUACAGUCGCUUUACCCAACUGCAUUCCCUCUAAAGCAUCAGCAGAAGGAUCUAAGACUAGCCCUGGGAUUAGCAGAGUCUGUUUCCCAAUCCACUCCCAUUGCAGCAGCUGCUAAUGAGUUAUAUAAAGUUGCAAAAUCCCAUGGCCUUAGUGAUCAGGACUUUUCUGCUGUUAUUGAAGCAUUAAAAUCCAAAUUUCAGCACUCAGAAACCAAGUGA